AAAAAAAGAAUUUGACCGGGAUAUUGAAGAGAAUUUAAUUAUGGACUCAUACUUGAAAGGUCUAAAGAGAAGGAACAUAACGGACGUUAGAGUGAUGGAUGGCACAGAUGCGGUGUUAUCGGAGGCCUUAUAUUUCUGCCAAAUAUUCAACUUUAAUAAGGAUGGUUCAUACACUAUUUGUGGUGGCGCAGCAAUCGCCGAACGUUUUAUUGUUUCUUCCUCACAUUGUUUUAAUAAAGAAGACUCGCUACAAAAAAUUAAAAUCAGAAUCGGGACAACCAAGUUAGGAAAAGGCGGCCACAUUGGAAUCAAGAAAAUAAUCACACAUAAUUCAGAAGAUUUGGCACUGCUUUUAACGGAAGACGAUAUUGAAAGUGGAACCAGAAUUGGUCUGUCGUCUAGAGCAGAGAGACCCGGGGAGAUAGGAACCUUCUUUGGCUUCGGUAUCAAUGGUUUCCUAAACUCUGUACAACUACCAACAACGCUUCAAAAAACAACAAUCGUCGUGAAGGGAGCAAUUGGACACUGGCCCCAUUUGUUCGCUACUUCAGGAAACCUAGGAGACUCCGGUGGAGCUGUUAUUUGGAAGGAGCACCUAAGGAAUGUGAUAGGAGGAAUUUAUGAUGGACAUGACGAGAAAAACAACACUAGUCUUUUUCUCCGCGUUAAGGAUUUCAAGACGUGGAUAAAUUAUCAAAUGGCUAUAGCCUUGUAA